AUGGCUUCCGCCGGCAAUAGCUCUGCGGAGCUGACGUCCAGAAUACUUCAUGCGCUUUCCACCGCCGAACCCGUCCUCACCUCCGAGGCCUUUCCCGAUGUCCCUUUCGCCGAAAUCAAGGCUGCGGUCGAUAGCCUGAGUUCCAAGUCUAUGAUCACGUAUAAGCCGAUAGAGAAAGAGCUGGCAAUUUUGGAGAGUGAAGGUGAACUGAUUGCCGCCCAUGGCAGCCACGAGGCCAGGGUUUUCGAGGCCGUCCUCGCGGCAAUGGAAGGCCUCACCAUCCCCGAGAUUGAGAAGGCUAUUGGCGACAAGACCGUAACGAAACUGGGCCAAGGCAAGGCUUGCAAGGAGAAGUGGAUUUCUAGGACCAAGGAUGGCAAGUUUAUCGCGACGGCGAAAUCGAUUGAAGACGUGACGCAACGGCAGCUCCAAGAGAUACAGAAGAAGCAGACUCACGAUGCAAAGGUUAUCGCCGAUCUCAAGAAGCGCAAGCUUAUCAAGGUCCAGAGGGUUAUCAGUUUCACCGUCAGCAAGGGCCCCAAGUUCGCCCUUGAGGUCGUCAAGCAAGAAACCGAUCUGACGGCCGACAUGUUGGCGUCUGGCGCGUGGAAGACGGUAGAUUUCAAGCCGUACAAUUUCAAUGCCCUCGGCGCGGAUCAGAACGCUGGCGCUCUGCAUCCGCUCAACAAAGUGCGGCACGAAUUCCGACAAAUUUUCUUCGAGAUGGGAUUCGAAGAGAUGCCCACCAAUCGCUACAUCGAGUCCGGCUUCUGGAACUUUGACGCCCUCUACGUGCCCCAGCAGCACCCCGCGCGAGAUCUCCAGGAUACUUUCUACGUUGCCGAACCCAAGGUCGCUGAUAGGCCCAAGUCUGAGGAGACGGGCGAGUUUGAGCAACAGUACUGGGACAACGUCAAGCAGGUCCACGAGGAUGGCCUGUUCGGAUCCAUCGGCUACCGGUACCCCUGGUCCGCCGACGAGUCCCUCCGCCUGGUUCUGCGUACCCACACGACCGCCAUCUCCGCGGCGAUACUGCGGAAACUCGCUGCGCAAAAGGGCCCGGAUGGCCGACCGCCCCCAGCCCGGUACUUCUCGAUCGAUCGUGUGUUCCGAAACGAAUCAGUUGACGCUACCCAUCUUGCGGAGUUCCAUCAAGUGGAGGGUGUCAUCGCGGACUACGGUUUGACCCUAGGUGGACUCAUGGAGUUCAUGGAAAUCUUCUUCAAUAAGAUGGGCAUUACGGAUCUCAAGUUCAAGCCAGCCUAUAACCCUUACACCGAGCCCAGCAUGGAGAUCUUCAGCUACCACAAGGGGCUGGGCAAGCUCGUGGAGAUUGGAAACAGCGGCAUGUUCAGGCCAGAGAUGCUCGAGGCCAUGGGCCUUCCCAAGGACAUGAGGGUGUUCGGCUGGGGCCUCAGCUUAGAAAGGCCGACCAUGAUCAAGUACGGCAUCUCGAAUAUUCGGGAGCUUCUGGGCCACAAGGUUGAUCUUGGCUUUAUCAAGAGGAACCCAGCUGUUAGAUUGGACAAGAACUAG